CAAAUUUACAUCAUCUCAGUGUGAAGCUGCAUCAGCUGACUGAUCUUCUUCUUCUGUAGCUUAAAAUCAAGUUUGACUCGUUCCUGUAUGAGGAUGUAUGAAGGUAAAUAUCUGCGUGGUUUCAUUAGAAGCCUGGAAGUAUUGUCCCCAGCAUCAAAUCUUAUUUUGAAGGAAUCACUGGGAAGUUGCUGACCUCUGCUAAACUUGUGUCGGUAGAACUGUGAGGUUUUCAGACUCUUUGUGAUCUGAGCAGGAUUUAAAAUUCAGACGAGGUCGCAGCCUGAGCGCACCACGCUGUGAGACUGCACUGCUGCUCUCUUCAUGCACAAAGUGCAAAUAUUGCUGCAAAAUCCUCAAACAAAAGCACGCCAGGAAGUCACGGAGCACCAUGGUAAUACAAAGCUCGUGGUGAGAGGGUGGAGGUCAUCGGGUCAUGAAGCUGGUGAUAAAUUUGGACCAUAAAGCCCUGAGUGUGCCUUCAGGUGUCGUCUCACACCACACGUCUAAACUAAAGGCAGCUUCAAAACUGAGUCACUCCCCAAAGACACUCACAUCGCUAAGGUCUGCAGUUAGGGGCGUGGGCAGGUGGCUGCAGGUGUGCAGUCCGGCUCAGGUUGGACGUGACCUACCAACAAGGCUUGCAAACAUCAUCCAAACACAUUCUUGCAGCAAUAAAACAGCACGAGGGACUAAAAAUGUCUCCCAGUCCCAGGAGUCCUUCCUCCAUCUUUACUUACAGUCUAUGCUUUGAAUCAGCACAGAGUGUAACUUUGUCCAAACCUGCAGUCACACAUGAAUGAAAACUGUCACGCACCUAUUUUACAUCCUCUCUGAGCAACACGAGCGCCUGCAGCCAUGCGCCUGUGUGGAGUCAGCUGGGUCCUUCAGCGCCCGCUAACCAGCAGAGCGUCCUGCAGCGGGGGACGCAGACCCCUCUGAAACACAUGAGCCCCUGAAAACAUCUAAAAAUCAGAUGUUUUCCAUCUCCAGCCCUCCGCCCAGCGGGGACCUGUAAAGCCCACAGAAUUACAUCAGAGGGAAACAGAGGAGGAAGAGAGGAGAGAGGGAGGAAAAAUUCUUCAAGUAUGAGAAAAUUUUACUGCACUCCUCCUCCCCUCCUCUCUCUCUCCGUCCAUCACCCUCCUCGUCCUCCUCCUGCCGGUCAGUCAGCGAGAGAGCCGGACUGAGACGAGACUUCAGCACCGCUGAGGGAAACUCCUCACCUCUGAGCAGUGGGAAAACCCAUGGAGAGCAAAGGCGAGAGGAAAAAAUCCAUCACCUCUGUGACUGAAGCGAAGUGAGAGCAGGUCCAGAUCUGCAGACUCUUUCCAACUGAGUCCUGGAAGCAACCGGCUCCGCUGUUACCGGCAAACGUCCGUCAGCAUCGAUUUCCCGAGCGGUCCGGCAUCUUUCUCCUCAAACACCCAGGGAAGUCUUCUCCUGGUGCCACCCUGGCGAUGCUUCCUUUCAUCCCCUGCCUCCUCCUCUUCCUCCUCCUGGCCGGCCCAGCCCUCCUGACCCCGUCGACCUCCAAAGAGCUACAGUUAAGGGGUCAACGGACACCAAGGGACACCAAGCAGGACUCCUUCAAGGUGGUCAUCUCAGAGGGCUGUGCCACUCAGGGUGAUGCAUCUGAUGGGAGUACAGGAGGUAAAGAAAUUGACCUGGUGCCUGGUUCUCCUCUGGUUCUGACCCAUAAGAUCAAACUGGUUCCCUCAGAUUCGGCAUCUGGGUCUGGACCUUGUGGAUGCGACGCCGACUUUGCUCCGCUGCGAGAGCGGCUGGAGAGGCUGGAGAGGGAGGUGUCAGCCCUCCGGGAGACGUGUGGAGGGGCUGAAGGAAACUGCUGCAGCUCAAACGAAAGCAAAGGUGCAGGAUGCUCCAUCAAACCAGAGACCAAGGAGUGCCCCAGUGAGUGCAGUGAUCAGGGUCGCUGCGAGGAUGGCAAGUGUGUCUGCUUUCCUGGAUUUAGCGGGCCGGACUGCAGCCAGUCCAAUUGUCCCGGGGACUGCAGCAACAACGGGAAGUGCGUGAAUGUUCAAUGCGUGUGCGAUCCUGGUUUCACCGGUCCUGACUGCUCCCUGAAAGCCUGCCUUGAUAACUGCAACAAUCACGGCAGGUGCGAGAAAGGCAAAUGUGUGUGCAACAGUGGUUUCACAGGUCCCAGCUGCUCCGAUGAAUCCUGUCCCGGAAACUGCAAAAAAAGAGGGGUCUGUGUUAACGGACAGUGCGUGUGCAAUCCUGGUUUCACCGGUCCUGACUGCUCCCUGAGAUCCUGCCCCGAUAACUGCAACAAUCAAGGCAGGUGUGUGAACGGCAAGUGUGUGUGCAACAGUGGCUUCACAGGUCCCAGCUGCCUCAACAAAUCCUGCCCCAGCAACUGCAACAGGAGGGGGCGCUGCAUUAACGGGCAGUGUGUGUGUAAUCCUGGAUUCGCUGGGCCAGACUGUUUAAAGAGGACAUGCCCAGACAACUGCAAUGACCGUGGGAGGUGUGUUAACGGUAAAUGUGUCUGCAACAGUGGCUUCACCGGUGCAGAUUGCUCUGAGGCAGUCUGUCCUGAAAACUGCAACAACAGGGGGCGCUGUGUGAAUGGACAGUGUGUUUGUGAUGAUGGAUUCACUGGCGAGGAUUGCUCUGAAAGAACAUGCCCAAAUGACUGCAACGACCGUGGCAGGUGUGUUAAUGGUAAAUGCAUAUGUGACAGUGGAUUCACAGGUGACGACUGCUCUGAAAACACCUGCCCCAACAGCUGCAACAACAGGGGGCGCUGUGUUAACGGACAAUGUGUCUGUGAUGAUGGAUUCACUGGUGAAGACAGCUGUGAUAAAAGCUGCCCCAACAACUGCAACAACAGGGGGCGCUGUGUUAACGGACAAUGUGUCUGUGAUGAUGGAUUCACUGGCGAGGAUUGCUCUGAAAGAACCUGUCUAAACAGCUGCAACAACAGGGGGCGCUGUGUUAACGGACAGUGUGUCUGUGAUGAUGGAUUCACUGGUGCAGACUGCAGUGCUAAAGGCUGCCCCAACAACUGCAACAACAGGGGGCGCUGCUUCAGAGGGAGCUGCGCGUGUCGUCGGGGGUUCACAGGACCAGACUGCAGCCAGUGUCAGGAGGGGAUGACUGGGCCCAACUGUGAUGUCGUCAUGUCUGGUGUUUCCCGGCUGAGCACUCAGGACAUCACAGACACGUCAGUCGCUUUGGUUUGGACUCCGCCUCCUGUCCAGUAUGAGACCUACUACAUCACCUUCAGCAGCCAGAAGGAGAGCGACCAGCAGAUAACUGCGCAGGUGGAAGGCGGCCUGACCACCUACACCCAGACGGGCCUGGCGGCCGGUCAGGAUUACAGAGUCGGCAUCGUGGGAGAGAUCGACGGCAGGAGAGGAGGCGAGAGCACCGCUGAAUUCAUGACACUCAUUUCUGGUCCCACCAACCUCAGAGUUGUCAAGAUGUCGUCCACGUCUGCGGUAGUCCAAUGGGAGCCGACAGUGGGGGAGAUUGACAGGUACCGUCUCACCGUAACGCCAAAUGAUGGAGCGGGGAGGAGUCAAGAAAUGACCAUCCCAGCUGACCAGAACUCCGCACAGAUCCAGCGGCUGGAGGCCGGGCGUUUGUAUGACAUCCUGCUCGUGGCAGAGAAAGACACGAGCAGGAGCGCUCCAGAGACCACCCAGGUAGUCCCCGGAACGAUAUUACCAAGAUUUCCCACGGCAGCUUCCCCUCCAUAUAUUUCCAAAGAGUCCACUUUGACUACCCAGGCCUCCCUAGCACCUAACCAAGAUGUUAGCAGCAUACACCAAGACUUGAACCCAUCAGCCGAGGGACAAAUAUUUGACCAGCGUGAGAAGACAGAAGAUGUGAGCAAGGACAAAGACUCCUCAACUCCUAUAAUAAUUGCCAGAACUAAACCUCUGGUCAAUAAAAUGUUUUCAAUAAAUGGCACCAGCCCCAAACCCAUCGGAAAGUCCAUAUUGCCAAGGAAGCAACCGCAUUUCAAUGCAACAAGAGUUGUGCCCAGAAGGAGACCUUUUAAAAGAGUCUUGGAGAAUAAAAACCUUAAACCAGGUGUCCCCAUCAUCAGACAGUCUGUGUCAGACCCAAGUAUAGAGGCAUCCAGCUCUGACAGAGUUGAUAAAAAUAAAGCUAUGCUGCCUGGAACAGAUUCAGAAACAAAGAUCCAAAGUAGCUCAGAGGAAUCAGCGGCUGCUGCUGACUUAAAAGGGCCACCGCAUGUUGGCAUUGCAGGCCAUGGAAAUGACACUGGUCUCGUUUCUCCAGAACCAAGUGGGACCGUUCAAAGCCAAGAGAAGAAAUGUCUAAAUAAAAUCAAAGUGACACAUUCGAGACUCCCCUUAAAAGAUAGAGGCAAUGGGUGUAGGGGGGCUGAGCAUGCUGGCAUGGUAGAGAAAAGUCCAGACCUGGGUUCACCGCCUUCUGCAGAGCCAGACCUUGAUUAUAAACCAGAUCCUUUACAUAAACUUUUGAAAGACACUUUUGAUAGUAUGAACAUCUCAACAUUUUCUGUUCACCUGUCAAAAUCAUCAAACCUCUCAGUCAAUGCAGACAUAAUUGGGAAACAGAUUUUGAGAGGACUGAAGCCACUGCCAUCGCUCUCAUCCUCUUCAACAUCCUCAGAGUCACAAUCAUCAUCGCAUUCAUCAGCCUCAAGGACAUCACACUCUCCAGCUGCACCACCAUCACCUUUAUCCUCACCAUCCCCACCUUCACCUGGUUCCGAUGGAUCAACGGCAGGUUCAUCGUCCUCGCAAAUGUCUUUAAUUCCAUCAUCACCUUCAUCUUUACUGUCACCACCUCCAUCCACAUCAUUGUCCCUUCCAACAACAUCAUCAUCCCCUUCCAGAUCUGAUAAAUUUGAUUCACAUUCAAGCAAUGAGCUAAGUGAAAGCAGCAGAAGUAUCUCUGCGCCUGCACCACCCACAGAUAGAAAACCACCACCAGAAGGUGGGGUACCUCGAAUGAACACUCCUAAAUAUGGAAUCAGACGCCGUCCAUACGCAAAGUUUGGACCUUUUCAGAACAAAACCCAUAUAAAUUCUAGAUUCCGUCUCCCCUCCCAUCGUAUGAACCUUAGUCCUGAAAUGACAGCAGAGAACAAACAUCGGCCGACGAGCGAACUGUUGUCUUUACCAUCUAUAUCUGCUUCUGAGGAAUCAUCCUCUGUUAAGGCAAGUGUACCAGUGAAGGAUACAACUGGGUUAAAAAAUGGGACAGCUACACCUGACUUAUCUGGAGUCGAGCAAAACCAAAAAAAUGUGCAGAUAGAAAGACAAAGGAUAGCAAAUCGCUGUCCUCCAUUCAAGAAUUGCCGUUUUCUAAAAGGGGGACCUUUUCAGAAUCAAACUCGUCGUAUUGGACCUUUGAACCGUGAAACAGAGCCACGCAAAGAGCAGGUGGUUUCCAAUGAGUUAACAGCUACGUCAGCCCCUUCUCUUCCCAAAGGGCCUGUGAGAGAUGCAGAUGAUGGUGGACUUGGGACAAGAAUCUCCUCCACAAGUUCAGCCACUGAGUUUAAUCGGACACUCAGAGGAAGAGGAAUGUCUUCCUUCCAUCGCCCAAAUACCAAACUGGGCUAUAUCUCUCGCCAACUAUAUGAAAGACGUUUAAAAAACGGAACCCAAAGAAUACCUCAACGUCCGUAUAACUAUCCUCCUCACAAGUAUUUCCCAAACAAAGAGGUAAAUGCAGGCAGCACUGGAAAUCAAACUGGCCAACUGGGAAGCAUAUUAACUCGCCAGAAUGUCCAACACCCUACGCAUCAAAUUCCAAUUAGAGAAGGAGAUCAAGAUACUGCAGCUGACCAGAUAGAUGGUCAAACCAAUGUCCGAUCACAGACUGAGAAUCUAGGAACUGGAGACAGAGCUGUGGGGAGAGAAGAAGAUAUUAGCAGUACUGAUUCAAAGCUGCAAGAAAUAAAUGACAACGGAAAUCCUGGCAAAAGCAAUGGGACUGGAAUUCAAGGCAGACCAACAAAACAACAUUUCCCAAAUUCAAGACCCUCCAGCUCAGUCACAUUUCCAAUAAGACAACCAGCAGCAAAAACUGUUCCAGCACAGCAUCCCACCCACAUUAGACACUACACCGGGGGUAGCCAAAAGAGUGAGAACCCACAAACAUUUGAAAGUAAAACUAAGCAGACAAAUCCUACGUCAGAUCUUUCUUCGUCUGGAGUCUUAAGGGAACCUUUGGACUUUGUGGAAGUCAUAAACCAGACCACUGAUGGAUUCACAUUGAUAUGGGACUCACCUGAAGGCAAGUACAAAAACUUUGUUGUGACGAGAAAAGACGGAAAAGAGGAGGACACAGAGCCAAAAGAAAAAGAGCACGGCUACCACGAUUCUGGCAAAGAGGGAGGCAGGGAAGAAGAGAAGACGAAUCACACGCCUAACAGGGACACCAUUUCCCAAAAUGUAGGUAGUGAAGAUGAGAACAGAGUGCCUGGAAGCCUUGUAACUCAUGCCCCAAAAAUCCAAAGCAAAACAAUAGUAAAACCAACAGAAAAUGAAAAAACCUUCAAAAAAGUCCUUCCUGGUUCAGCUCGGUCCUUCCGGUUUGAGGAUCUGCCCCCACAGCCCGAGUACACCUUGACCUUACUGGGAAAGGGCCCUGGCGUUCUGUCCAGACUGCACAAGCUUGUCAUCAGUACAGGACCCGAGCCUCCCUCUAACAUAGUCUUCAGUAAGGUGACGGAAAACUCUGUGACGGUGUCGUGGACCAAACCAAAGAGUCCCGUCAGCGGUUUCAAAGUCACAUAUACCCAUGCAGAGGAUGGCGAGCCGGUGUCGGUGUCUCUGGACUCAAAGGACUCCACCGUGGGUUUAUCCAAGCUCUCACCUGGUUCUUCUUACGAGGUCACCGUCAUCUCCACCCUCGGACUGGACGAGAGCGAUCCAGUGAAAGACUUUGUCAUGACGCUGCCCGACCCGCCGACACACCUGCGUGCCGUAAACGUCACCGACUCCACCGCCUUGUUAUUGUGGCGUCCAGCGCUGGCAGCCGUUGAUAAGUAUUCCAUCGUGUACGGCGCGGGCACAGGUUCAGAGGUGAAGGUCACAGUGUCCGGAAACGCAGCCGAGCAGCAGCUCAGCGGCCUGGAGGGAUCCACCACCUACACCGUCACUGUAACCAGCCAGCUGGGCAGCCGGGAGAGCUCGCCGGCCACCACCAGCUUCACCACCACCGGCGGCUCGGGGAAAGUUGGGGAAGGCCCGCAAGACCUCCAGGCGAGCAACGUGACUCCACGCACUGCCACGUUGUCAUGGAAACCUCCAUCAAAGCCCGUUGGUAACUACAGACUGAGCUAUCAGGCUAAAGACAAAGAAAUGAAGGAGGUCAUUGUGGACGGCUCGUUAAUGCAGUACAACCUGACUGGACUCCAUCCUGGAUCCACGUAUACGCUGCAGCUCCAGGCCGAAGGAGGAGGACAGUACACGUCCGCCAUCUCCACAGAAUUCACCACCGGAACCCUGCGGUACCCGUUCCCCACUGACUGCUCUCAGGAGCUGCUGAACGGCAUCGUGACUUCAGGCGAGGCAGAGAUUUUCCCUCAAGGCAGACACGGGACGCCAGUGACAGUUUCCUGCGACAUGGAGACAGACGGUGGCGGCUGGACGGUCUUCCAGCGGAGGAAGGACGGCUCCGAGAAUUUCUUCAGACGCUGGAACGAGUACGUGGAAGGAUUCGGGGACGUGAAUGGAGAGUUUUGGCUCGGACUCGCGAGUAUCCACAACCUCACAGCGAUGAGCAGGAUGAGCCUGCGGGUCGACCUGCGAGACGGCGACGAGUCAGUGUUCGCUCAGUACUCGACGUUCGAGGUGGCCAAGAGGAACUACAAACUGACUGUGGGAGGAUACAGCGGCACCGCAGGUGACUCUCUCAGUUACCACAACAACCGGAUCUUUUCCACCAAAGACCGGGACCUGGCGCCCUUCAUCACCCGCUGCGCCAUGUCUUAUCGAGGAGGCUGGUGGUACAAGAACUGCCACGAGGCAAACCUCAACGGCCUCUACGGCAUCAACACCAAACACCAGGGUGUGAUCUGGACCGCCUGGAAAGGAAAAGACUUUUCUGUCCCGUUCACUGAGAUGAAGCUGAGACCGGCAGCCUUCAGGCCUCCGUCCCGAGGAUGAGCGAGAGAGAGGCUGAUGAUGAUGAUGAUGAUGAACUGCUAAACACACAUGCUCAGUGUGUUACAUGUGUGAACGCACACAUUGAAACGGGGAGCUCGGGCUCCUGUUAGAAGAUUUGUAUAGAGUCAGUUAUCAGUAUGUUACUGCAGAUUGUACAGGUUCCUCCUUUUCGCCAGUAUUUUAAAGCGGGGCGUCUUCCUCCAUAUUUAAAGGCUCAGUUCACACAAAUUAUAUCACGGCUGGGUCCAGUUAGACAGUUCUGGUUUCACAUGCAGAUGCUCUGAGAGAUCAGAAGUCUCAAACUAGAGGCCCUCGUGGCUCCUGAUCCAAAGCAGACUGUGAGGCUUUCAGACCAAAUAAAAGUCACACAAGAUAAAAAAAACAACUCAAAACCCUCUUAGAAAGAUUACUGGUACCAGUGAGUGCUCGGCUCAGUCAGAUCUGAUGGAUAUGAGCGACACACAGGCCAGAAACGCAGCCCACACGUCACUCCCUGGUUUUUCCAUCACUGUGUGCCUCAAAUUUGAAAAAUAAAUAAGAACAAAAACAUUUUCAAGGACAAAAUGAUCCAAAAAACAUUUUAGUGUUUCAGAUCAGAUCACAGUGAAAUGUAAUCAGGCACAGGUCCUGCUUAGAAGCUCGUUUAGCAGCAGCCCCACUUUAAAGCUCAGCAGCGCCCCCCGGUGUUCACUCUCUGAGGGUCCUCAGGUGCACUGUGGCCCCGCAGUAAAUGGAGACGGGUCUGUGCUCUGUCGCCUUCUCGUUGUGUUAACAAAUCUGUUUUAUUCCCUGUGUUCUGUAUGAAGCCUCCCAAUGACUUCAAUAAUAAAACAAGUGAAACUAAACAGCUGCACGGGUUCAUCUGUUGGAGUCAAGGUUGCAUUGUGACUAAACACUCUCUGUUUGCAGGAUAUGAAUGAAAUCAUUCUUUCUUUUGUUUAAUCUUUAAAAUGUUGAAUAUAUUAACAAACAGCGUGUCAGUGCAGUUUGAGCAGUGUCGUUUACUCAAAGUUAUUCUCUCUGUGAUGCACACAAGGUGUCACUGAGCAAAUGUCACAGAAACUGCACCUGGAUCAGCAGGAGGAAGAGGAGGAAGAGGAGUAUCAGCAGUGUUGGAAAGGUUACUAUGAAAAUGUAUUCCACUACAGAUUA